UGAAUUUUGAAGCAGCACGUGUAGGGGUGAGGUAUUUAGCUUUUUAUUUUAGCAUAUUCAGGGCUAAUUUAGAUUUAGAAAAUGGUAUGAGGGAGAGGAUUUUUUAAACUUCCUUCCCCACAGCUGCUUUUAGGUGGGGAAACAGUUGGGAGUUGUAAUUAUGAAUCCUAUAUUUGGGGGUGGCGCAGGUCAUUUUGUCGCCCCUGCAACACCAUUCACCAUCCUGCAGAACCAGGGCCCCUCCCUGGCCCCACCGUCACACCUGUACUGCUGCCAGUCCCGCCACUGCAACUGCCACGAUGCAGUAGCAGUUUGGUGAGGGAUGGCUGUGAGGACAAGGGUACUGUGACACAGACAAAGCCACAAUGGGGCUGGAAGCACCACAAUGGGGCUGAUGGCGGUGCAGUGGCAGGGGUUGAAUCUGCUGGCCUGUAUGAGAUCUAUUUUGGUCAUCCUGCUAAUAGAUCCUGCUAACAGGCCUUCGUUCCCACAAAAUGGGCGUACUGGUUUCUCUAAACAGAAAUACCAAAGAGAUAGAAACAGAAAUGAAAAGGCUCUGACAUCCUUGCUGGCUUUCUGUAACAACUUUGCAAGGCACUUUAGGGAGAAAAUCACUCAGAUUUUGACAGAGCUGGAUCGCAUUCAAAUCAAGUCUAACAAAGUUGUCUAGAGCACUGUCUGCUCCAUCACUACUGGAUCAGUUUACAUUAUUGCAGCCUGAGGAUGUGACAACCUGCUUGAAGACAUGUGGCCAUCCACCUGCCACCUUGACCCUUGGCAUUCUGGCUUCUUCAGGGGGUUGCCUGGUGGGGGGGUCCAGAAAGUGAUUAAUGUUUUAAUGAAGAAGGUGCCACCUGCCUUGAAGGAGACAGUGGUGUGUCUCCUUGGUAAGAAGACCUCACUGGAUCCAGAAUUGUUAAAAUAACUAUUGUCUGGUGGCAAAUAUCCCCUUUUGAGGCAAGGUGCUUGAGAAGGUGAUGGUGGUCCAGCUUCAGGAAGGAAACUAAUUACUUGGAUCUGUUCCAGUCUGGCUUCAGGCCUUGUCAUGACACUCAAAUUUCCUUGGUCACCCUGGGUGAUGAUAUUUAUCAGGAGAGAGAUGGGGAGAGUGCAACGCUGCUCAUUCUCAAUCUGUUGGUGGCUUUUGAUACUGUUGACCACAGUAGCCUUCUGGAGCAGAAGUAUCUUUCUGGUUCACCAGAAACAACCCCUUUUGGACAUAAAUAACCUGGCCACUGUAAUACAUUCUCUGGUAACUUACAUACUUAGGAUGACUUGGAAAUGUCAAGUGGUUCAAAAUGCAGCAAGCAGAUUAGUGGCUGGGCUUCCAAUUAGAUCUCACAUAACCCUUGUUUUAAAACUGCUGCAUUGGUUGCCAGUUCAUUUCCAGGCUUAGAUCCAGAUGCUCACAUUAGCGUUUAAAGCCCUACAGACCCCCUCAGGGGGCAGAGGAGGCCCUAUUAGUUGUUCCAUUUCUCAGAAGCUGUAAAGUAAACAGUAGAGGUAGACUCUGCCUUGUAAUAUUAUUUCUUUAUCCACAUAUGUCUUUUAUUUGGCCUUUAUUGAGUAGAUCUUCUUUCACCAGUAAAAACAUAAAACUAUACAAGGUACAUAAAAAUGGUCUCUGCCCUGGCAUUUUUACUGCAGCAUUGUUUGUUCACAGAUAUAUUUCCUUGUAUUUUUCACCUAAUUAAUAUUGGUAGCUGGAAGCCUUGAGAGGGAAUUGAACUCCCCUGCUGUUCCAUCACUGAUUGCAAACUACAGACGUGAGGAAAGGCAUUUCCCUCCUACAGCUCCAUUUGGAUGACUCUGCAACAAUGUGAGAGGUGAUGGAGGAUGCUGCAGGGGGAAGGAGGAAUUGGUGAUAAUUGCUUCCCCUUCCCUUCUGUCAGAGACAACCUCUGGACCACCAGCCAUUCCAUGAAUGAAAUGAAUAUGAAAUGAAAAUGUUGCAAUAUGAAUCAAACAGGACCCUUAAUCAACUGUCCUCAGCUGGAAAAGAAGAAGGCUUAUGCCACAUAACCCUGAAUACAUCAGUGGCCAUGCAGUCUUCUCAUGCUUUCUCUGUCUGGAGGGCCAUGGUGUUCUUUGGGAAGUAUGCAGCUGUUGCUUUUGCCAUAUUGUCUGUGUCACUGAGUAUUCUACAUUCAGUGCCGGAGCGAGAGUUCAUCGCUCCAGGCUGCCCUGAAUGUAAACUGAUCUUGAAUGCACGCAUGACCGAGCUGUUCAAUGGGCGACCUAUUUAUCAGUGUGCAGGAUGCUGUUUCUCAAGGGCUUAUCCCACUCCCAUGAGAUCUAAGAAGACAAUGCCGGUUCCAAAGAACAUCACAUCAGAAGCAACAUGCUGUGUGGCAAGAGCCUUCAAACAGGCUCCCAUUCCAAAUCAUGAACACACAAAGAUAGAGAAUCACACCGAUUGUCACUGCAGUACUUGCUACUAUCAUAAAUCUUAAGACCUUCAUGAAUGGACCGCCGAUGACAACGAAUGAUUUUAUUUUAUUUGCAUUAUUUGCAUUAUUUGCAUGUAUAAGAUCAUAACUUUUCUGAUUGAAAAAAAGGAAGCUUUGAGCUUACCUACUAUGAUAUAUUCCCUGCUGUUAUGUUUCUUCUUUACUUCAUCACACAUUGAGUGAAACUGACAAAUAUGUUUCAUUAUUUCUCUUAGAAACCAAAUAUAGAAUUUUGCAUGACAACCAAAGUCUUGUUUAUUUUGUACGUAAGGUGUGAAUUAAUGUAUAACUGUCUUCUCCGAGAAAAAGGAUGCUAUACUAAUUUGAAAUAAUUUCUCACUCCAUCUGUGGAGAAAUAUGUUGCAUUCUUUUCUUUUAAAAAUAAGCCAGUUAAAUAUA